AUGAAGCAUUCGCAUCUUUAUGAGCUUCAACCAGAUCCGUACGAUUUUACACAACGGAAGACAUGCAGAGUUUGUCUAUUCAAGGAUGUUAAAAAUGCGGCAGAACUCUCGCAACAGUUGAAGGAAGGAAAAAUCGAUGCAGCUUUAAUUCGUGCGGAACUUGUGCUCGAACCGUUCGUACUCCUCGCCGCCGCCAACCGGGCCGUUCAUCAAUCGGCUCAUAAUCGGAUGAGUUGUCGGAGUCUAGCUGCGGAGCUUGUCUAUUCGCUUUCUCCGAGUAGAAAUAUUACCGAUUCUCUAGUGACCUUCGGAAUUGCCGAGCACUCGACUGCAAUUAUCGCCGCAAUUUUCGACGAUGAUUCCGGAAAAGCAAUGAAAAAGUUGGCGAAAGCAAUCAAGGGAACACCUGUGCCAUUAAUGGAAGGCCUACCGAAAUUCGCAAAUGUUAACAUGAUCAAGAAGGUUUAUCAAGUAGGAAAUCCAGCAUUUGUCGAAGAAGGACUCUCCGAUCACAUCGUUUCGAGAAUGGUUUCCAAGGAUUUCGUUUCUUAACAUUUUCUCGAAAUUCUCUCCAUUUUCCUUUUUCCAUUUUUACCCUAACACUUUCGAAUCGCAAUCUAGUUUUUCUUUCUUUUUCUGACUAAUGCCUCAUUUCUACGCUAAUUCGCUUAUCCCUAUCAUCAUCAUCAUCACUACGAACCGAUGCCCACCUGAACACUGAAUUCUCUGGAACUCUGUGCCCCCUGUUCUAAUCUUCCCAUCAAUCUGCCACGAACAUCUCAAAUACUGCCUUCCAUCCGAGACCCACUAUGGAUCAAAACAUAUACCAAAAAAUCUGUAUAGUUUCUUUUCUCUGUUUUUUCUUCUUUCAUUAAGUUUCUGUUGUAAUAAAAUGCACAUCUGUUAAA